UCUCCUGGAGUUGUUUGCCGUCUCUAUGGCAACCCGGGAGGUGGAGUCCGAAAAUGGAGACCACCGAGUCUACAGAGGGGUCUUUGUCGCGAUCUUGUGAUGUACAGCCCAGCUCCGAAAGACUAGAUACCCCUUCAGAACCUGUUCCUUCUUCGAGUAGUAGUCCUAGGUCUACUGCCCCUGCCGAGGCUCCGGCGCAGUACUCUGUGCUGACAGAGCCCUCUUCUGACAGUCUUUACGGGGCACCCUGCCCUCCAGCCCAUCAUAGAGGCCAUGGGUUUGGCUUUCAGCCCUUCUAUGUUUCUUGUAUUCCUCAGGAUCCCUGUAAUAUGGCAGACCUCAGCUCCAGGGCUGAUCCUACCUCUUCUUAUCCUUGUCAUAGCUCUGUGCAUGGCUCUGGCUCUGGCACUUGUGGUCUUGGCCAGAGCUCUGAGCCUAGCCAGGGCUCCGGGCCCACCUCUGGGCCUGCUCCUGCCUCUGUACCUAGUCUUGUCUCUGGACCUGAUUCUGCCUCUGGACCUGAUUCUUCUGCCUCGGGACCUGCUCUUGCCUCUGGACCUGGUCCUGCUGACCCUGGACAGGGUCCUAAGUUCAGCACCUGCAUUCCUCAAGGGUACAGAUGCAUCCCAGUUGACCUGGCCCCUGAUUAUAAUGCAUGGUGUCAGCACUUACACUGGAAGCCACAACGCUCCUGGGAACCUCUGCAAGUCUCAGAACCUGGAGUGAGAGGGCCAUAUAAACCUCCAGAACCUGGAGCACUCGGGCCAUGUGAGCCAUGUGAGCCAUGUGAACCUCCAGAGGCUGAAUCUGAGGAAACUCUCUGUAAAGCACGGCCACGUGGCCAGUGCCUCCUCUACAACUGGGAGGAAGAGAGAGCCACCAACCAGCUGGAUCAAAUCCCUCCAUUGCAAGAUGGCUCUGAGAGUUACUUCUUCCGACACGGACACCAGGGUCUGCUGACCACGCAGCCCCAGUCACCCAUGUCUUCUAGCACCACCCAGAGAGACUCAUACCAGCUCCCAAGACACAUCUGUCAGCCACUUCGAGGGAAGCGUGAAGCCAUGCUGGAGAUGCUCCUGCGACACCAGAUCUGUAAAGAGGUGCAGGCAGAGCAGGAACCUGCAAGGAAGCUCUUUGAGACCGAGUCGGUAACACACCAUGACUACAGAGUGGAGCUGGUACGAGCAGCGCCUCCUGCCUCAACAAAGCCUCAUGAUUACCGCCAGGAGCAGCCUGAAACCUUCUGGAUUCAGCGGGCAGCACGGCUACCGGGUGUCAGUGACAUCAGGACACUGGACACACCAUUCCGGAAGAACUGCAGCUUCUCGACGCCCGUGCCCUUGUCGCUGGGGCAGCCCUUGCCUUACGAGCUUGAGAGCGGCCCCCACCAAGUGGGGGUAAUAUCUUCCCUUGCCUGUCAGGGAGGAGGGCAGGGGUGUGGAAGGACGAAAACAACUCCAAUCUAAGAAUCGAGGAGAGAAGCAGACGUGGGAUUUGAAAUCAGUUUCUGUUUAUACUACAGAGGUAGAUUGGAUGGAGUUGAUUCUCUGUCCCCGAUGAGGGGUUUUACAUAAAGCACUCUCAUCCUCAAGCUGC